GGCCUGCUCCUCCCGGCUUAGCGUUGGCUGCUUGCGACACAGACGACGGAACUGUUUUGGUUGCCGCUGGCGGAGCGGGAGUUUUGAACCGGAAGGGGGGGAAAUGGCCCAGCGUAGCCGGCGGCCUUUCAAGCUCUGGGGGUUGUUGCGACCCGUGAAAAAGGACGAGGGAGAGGCCGCUGAGGAAGAGGAGGAUGACGACGUGGACGACGUCGGAGACCCUGAGCCUUUGGACGUCGUCUCCGACUCGGGCCAGAUGGACCUCCGACCCGCGCGCCGUAAAGUUAUAAUAAAGGAGGAAAAAUCUGGAAAAGAGUACGAAGUAGUUGGACGGUUUCCUUUUAUUGGUCCUUGGUGGAAAGUGAAUGUUAAAGUUAAACAGGUUGGGUCAAAGUAUUAUGUGCAGGGAUAUCCAUCUUACUUUCUACAGACUGAUGUAGGAAAAAAUCAAAUUUCAGUUACUUCACUCUUCUUUAAAGAAUGCAACGUUCCAGAACUUUUCAUAUCUGUUUUUUUUAAGUGGCUUCCCAAAGGUUUUUCUCUAAACUUUAUACGUCUUAAAGAAAUACUUGAACAAUUUAAGGAAACAAAAAGCGAGGAAAAACAAAUACCUACGAACACCCAAACACAAACAUCUAGCGAUACCAACAAUUUUGACAUUUUUCGUUACGUUAAGGAAUCAUCUACAGGGAAAGCUGUACUAGUAGCCCUGGACUUUCCUAUUAUAAUGCAAUUCCUGCCAACCCUUCUGCCACACAAUGUUUCUGAUUGCAUACAAUGGCUGGGCCCAUAUGAAAGUGAUAAGUUGACAAAACUGGAUACAAUCUUAAAGGAAGAGCCAUGGAAACUUGGAUUCAGCACAAUAAUGAACAGAGAACUCUUUACAAAACUUGGAGAGGCAUCUUGGAAGGCCUUAUGUGAGUGCAAACAACUUCUUCAGAAGAUUCCUGAUUUGCAGAAGAAUGCCUUAAUAGUAUAUGAGAAACUCAAGCAGAGUUGUAGACAAAUGGGACAUACAUAUGAAGAACGAGAAGUGUUGACACGUAUGGUAUUGAAAGAGAUGCCUGUGGAACAUGCCUGGGAAUCGCUCAAAUUUAUGAAAGAUGAAAAAAUAGUGGUAACUGAGGGAGAAUGUGUGUUCCUUCCCAAGUUCUACAAAUCUGAAUUGGAAAUUGCAACAGCUGUACAGAAGCUUAGAGGGAAAAGUCCAUGGCAGUUACAUGUUGAUGUGAAAAAGAUACUGAGUGGUGGUGCGCACAUUAAUAACUUGCAAAACUCAGUUGUUGAGGGUGAAAUAAAUGAUGAGGGACCUUGCGAAAUGGAGCAGGAAGAACUCAACAGUACCUCAGAUAUGGAAGAGAAUGACUCUGGUGAGCAAACUGUCAAGGAGGAAUCAAAAUCUGAAAUAGAUCCCGAUCAAGAGAGUGCUAUAAAACUGAUCUGUUCAAACCCAGUGACAGUCAUAAGUGGGAAAGGUGGUUGUGGGAAAACAACAGUGGUUAGCUGCCUUUUCCGCUAUCUGAAGGAGUCAGAAGAAGAAGAAACUAUAAAUGCCUGCAAAGAUUUUGAAGCUGAUCUGGAUGCAUCUGAAGAAUGGAAUAUUUUCAGAGGUUCUUCUAACCUGAGGAUAUAUAGAAAAGAAUAUCUAAAUAUUCUAUUUACUGCACCUACAGGGAGGGCAGCUAGUCUGUUACGGGACAAAACAAAGCUUCCCGCUUAUACUCUGCAUCAGGUUAUCCACAAUUACUAUGCAUGGAGAAAAAGAGAUUCGGAAUUCUCUACAGGAUCAUGGAAAUUUUCUACUGUUAAUGUAUUGGUUGUCGAUGAAGGAAGCUUGGUGUCUGUGUGUGUUCUUAGCAACGUUCUAGAGCUCUUGCUUAAGUAUGCCCAACUUGAGAAGCUUGUUGUUCUUGGUGAUAUUAGGCAAUUACCCAGUAUCGAUCCCGGUAAUAUGCUGGCUGAUAUGUUUGAGAGUUUGAAAUCAAGAGGAUGGUCUGUGGAACUGAGAACUAAUCACAGGACCGAGUCACAGUUAAUUGUGGAUAAUGCAACAAGAAUCUCUCAACAGAAAUACCCAGAGUUUGAUGCAGUGCUCAGAAUUUCUGAAGAGGAUAAAAUGUGGCCAAUGCCAAGUCCUGAGAAAAAAUUUAUUUUGGUUGCUUUACCGACUGAAGAUGGCAGUAAUUAUAUGCAGUCUGCCAUAAAGGCUUUGCUUGAAAGAGGGCCAGGACUGGAAGAUCCUAAAAAAUCACAGUUCAUUUCUUUCAGAAGGAAAGAUUGUGACAUCAUAAAUGAACAGUGCUGUAUGCACUACUCAAAACAUCCGAUGCGAGAUCAUAAAAACAAGCUACAGUUUAUGCGUGGUGAUAAAAUCUGUUCCACAAGAAAUGCAUAUGUCAGAGAUCUUCUUCCAGAGUUUGGGAUUCAUUGCCCAAAGGAAGAUAAAGACUCCAAAGAUUCUAGUCAAGGCCUUCACAAUGAGAGCUUGGAAGAAGAAGAUCAACCCUCUGAUAAUCAGCAGUAUCCCCUCAAAACAGAUGAUGGUACACGGUUGUGCAAUGGAGAGAUAUUCUUCAUUAACAAGGAUGAGGGAGUGAAUCGUCAACGUUUACUGACCAUAGGCAUGACUGAUGGACCUGAGUACACCUUGAUGUAUCAAGCUCUCCUGAGAAACGCUAAGAUAAAACAUGCCUGGGCCAGAACUAUUCACACAUUUCAGGGUUCUGAGGAAAACACAGUUGUCUACGUAGUUGGAACUUCUGGUCACCAGAACUGGCAGCAUGUAUACACAGCUGUCACAAGAGGAUGUUGCCGAGUCUAUAUUGUUGCUGAAGAAGCCAAACUCAGAGCAGCUAUUGAUAGAAAAAAUAUCCGUAGAAAAACCAGUUUACAGAAAAAACUGAAAGAUGCACUUGCGGGAAAAAUUGAUAUAUUUCCUCAAAUCUCAUCACAAAGUAGCUGUCAGAGUCAAGAGAGUUACUUUGCCUCCCAGGCUGGAAAUGGUUUCAUUAAUAAAGAGGAUCCUGUUGUUUCUGACAAGAUGGAAGUUCACAGUGAACUGGGGAUAAUGGUUGAGCUAGAUGGUACUGCAGAGAAAACUUCUCUUCAUCCAGAUGAGCUCAAAAGACAAUGUAAAUUUCCAGAUGAUUGCUCAAGUCCUUCAAAAGUAGCUUUGAUAACAGAAGAUAACAGAAGUUCCCCCCUUGGAACUACCAGUUUUCGAAGGAUGACACUGGAGAAUCCAGUUGCCAAGAAACUUUUCCAGUCAUAACAAGCAUAUAAUUUAGCUAGGUGCUUUAUGCUCUGCUUCUCUUCUUUUUUUAAACCAAAAUGUUUCAGAACAGAACUGCAAAAUCUUUAGAAAAAAAUUAAAUACUACUUUUAUUAUUUUUUAAUCUUCUUUUUAAGUGAAAUAUAGUUUGUCUUCAGAAGCUGACCUUCUGGUAAUCACUGAUUUUAAAAAUUUGCUUAAGAGGAAGUCUUAAUUUUUAUAAAAAUGUGUAUUAUCAAGUAAUUCCGUUUUGUGGUUUUAAGUAGGACUUCUAGAUAAGUGCUGUAUGCCUGUGUUUCUCUCAGGCAGACAGGGAAUGCCUAUCCUAAAUGAAUUUUUUCUUAACCCCUUUUGGAAGUUGGCAGGACACUGCCACCUCAAGUAUUGCUGCUAAUAGAAGCUGAUGACUUCUGCUUCUUGUAGCAGUGUUCUGAAGGUGCUGCCAGAGUACGUCUGGAACAAUUUACUUCUGGUGAGAGUUACUAACAGGAUACAUAAAACUUUCUGGGUUUCUCAGGUGAUGCCCUUCAUUAAAUGCAUUGUUCUAAUGAUGACAAAACUGGUUCACUGCCGGAAAGUACUCCAAGGAAUACUUCUGACAUUUGUCUCUGCUUCUCAAAAGUAAAAUGAUUGAUAAUAGCAGUUAAUGUUCUGAUCCAAAGCUAUGCAAGCAGAGCCUGUACGAAAUGGCAAGCAUUAUGCUAAUCAGAUUGGGACAAACUGAACCUGGCUUUUUGCAAUGUAAAACUAAAAUGUCGAAGGCUUUCCUAAUUUUCCAGAGAAUUUAAUGAUGAUAUAAUUUUUUUUUUAAAGAUCUAUCAUUUAUACCUAGAUAGAGGACCUUUUUGUAGAAGCUGUUUAUUCAGGUUUUCCACUUUUAAGAAAGCUAAUGUUAAUAUUUUGCAUUGCUGCUUAUGCAAGGUGCUUUGGCCCAAUUUUGGCCAAUUCCCUGCCUCCCCGCAGCAGCCCACACUCUUCCAGAGGGCCCCUUAGCCACACACUGAAGAGAGAAUAGGAAAAUCCCCCUCCACUUGGAGUUCUCCGGAUCCAAACCACUGUCUUUAAAUCACUGUUUAUUUUAUUUUAUUACAUUUUCCAUACAAAUUUUGUAACAGCUUGAGUUCCCAGAAACCAUACAGAGACGAUAAAUAUCAUGCUAUUAAAGUAUUAAAUUUGUACAAAAAUACUUUAGUUUAAUACUCAUUGUUUCAAAUAAAAAUACAUAUUAAGUGA